ACCCGCCUCUCGCUCUCCUCCACCUUACAGGGACCCUAAGUGGCGACCAUGGGUAGACUGGGCUACUGGACCUUGCUGGUACUGCCGGCCCUUCUGGUCUGGCGCGGUCCGGCGCAGAACGCGGCGGCGGAGAAGGGUCCUCCAGCGCUGAACAUUGCAGUGCUGCUGGGUCACAGCCACGACGUGACAGAACGUGAACUUCGAAAUCUGUGGGGCCCGGAGCAGGCAACCGGCUUGCCCCUGGAUGUGAACGUGGUGGCGUUAUUGAUGAACCGCACUGACCCUAAGAGCCUCAUCACGCAUGUGUGCGACCUCAUGUCCGGGGCGCGCAUCCACGGCUUGGUGUUUGGAGAUGAUACGGACCAAGAGGCUGUGGCUCAGAUGCUGGAUUUUAUCUCCUCACAGACUCUCAUCCCCAUCUUGGGCAUUCAUGGGGGUGCAUCGAUGAUCAUGGCUGACAAGGAUCCGACAUCCACAUUCUUCCAGUUUGGAGCAUCUAUCCAGCAGCAAGCCACGGUUAUGCUGAAGAUCAUGCAGGAUUAUGACUGGCAUGUCUUCUCCUUGGUCACCACCAUCUUCCCUGGCUACAGAGACUUCAUCAGCUUCAUCAAGACAACAGUGGACAACAGCUUUGUGGGCUGGGAUAUGCAGAAUGUGAUCACACUGGACACCUCCUUCGAGGACGCCAAGACACAGGUCCAGCUGAAGAAGAUCCACUCUUCUGUCAUCCUGCUCUACUGCUCCAAAGACGAGGCUGUCCUCAUCCUGAGCGAGGCUCGCUCCCUCGGCCUCACUGGCUACGAUUUCUUCUGGAUUGUCCCCAGUUUGGUCUCUGGGAACACAGAGCUCAUCCCCAAAGAGUUCCCAUCAGGUCUCAUUUCAGUCUCUUAUGAUGACUGGGACUACAGCCUGGAGGCGAGAGUGAGAGACGGUCUUGGGAUCUUAACCACUGCCGCAUCUUCCAUGCUGGAGAAAUUCUCCUACAUUCCUGAGGCCAAGGCCAGUUGCUACGGCCAGGCAGAGAAGCCAGAGACCCCGCUACACACUCUGCACCAAUUUAUGGUCAAUGUGACUUGGGAUGGCAAGGACUUGUCCUUCACCGAGGAAGGCUAUCAGGUGCACCCGAGGCUUGUGGUGAUUGUUCUGAACAAGGACCGGGAAUGGGAAAAGGUGGGCAAGUGGGAGAACCAGACUCUGAGCCUGAGGCAUGCUGUGUGGCCAAGGUAUAAGUCCUUCUCUGACUGUGAGCCAGACGACAACCACCUCAGCAUUGUCACCUUGGAGGAAGCCCCCUUCGUCAUCGUGGAAGACAUAGACCCACUGACCGAGACCUGCGUGAGGAACACAGUACCCUGUAGGAAGUUUGUCAAGAUCAACAAUUCAACCAAUGAAGGGAUGAACGUGAAGAAGUGCUGUAAGGGGUUCUGCAUCGACAUCCUCAAAAAACUCUCCAGAACUGUGAAGUUCACCUAUGACCUCUACCUGGUGACCAAUGGGAAGCACGGGAAAAAGGUUAACAAUGUGUGGAAUGGAAUGAUAGGUGAAGUGGUCUAUCAACGAGCAGUCAUGGCCGUGGGCUCCCUCACCAUCAAUGAGGAGCGUUCCGAAGUGGUGGACUUCUCGGUGCCCUUUGUGGAGACGGGAAUCAGCGUCAUGGUCUCCAGGAGCAACGGCACUGUCUCCCCUUCUGCUUUCCUUGAACCCUUCAGUGCCUCUGUCUGGGUGAUGAUGUUUGUGAUGCUGCUUAUCGUCUCUGCCAUUGCUGUCUUCGUUUUUGAAUAUUUCAGUCCUGUUGGAUACAACAGGAACUUAGCCAAAGGGAAAGCUCCUCAUGGGCCUUCGUUUACUAUUGGAAAAGCGAUAUGGCUACUCUGGGGCCUGGUCUUCAACAAUUCUGUGCCUGUCCAGAAUCCUAAAGGCACAACCAGCAAGAUCAUGGUGUCAGUGUGGGCCUUCUUUGCUGUCAUCUUCUUGGCAAGUUACACAGCCAACCUGGCUGCCUUCAUGAUCCAGGAGGAGUUUGUAGACCAAGUGACUGGCCUCAGUGACAAGAAGUUCCAGAGACCUCAUGAUUAUUCUCCGCCUUUCCGGUUUGGGACAGUACCCAAUGGAAGUACAGAGAGGAAUAUUCGUAACAACUACCCCUAUAUGCACCAGUACAUGACCAAGUUCAACCAGAGGGGAGUAGAGGAUGCCUUGGUCAGCUUGAAAACUGGAAAGUUGGAUGCUUUCAUCUAUGACGCAGCUGUCUUGAACUACAAGGCCGGGAGAGAUGAAGGCUGUAAACUGGUGACCAUUGGGAGUGGGUACAUCUUUGCCACCACGGGCUAUGGAAUUGCUCUGCAGAAGGGCUCACCCUGGAAGAGGCAGAUUGACCUUGCUCUACUCCAGUUUGUUGGUGAUGGCGAGAUGGAGGAGCUGGAGACGCUGUGGCUAACGGGCAUCUGCCACAACGAGAAGAACGAGGUGAUGAGCAGCCAGCUGGACAUCGAUAACAUGGCGGGCGUGUUCUACAUGCUGGCUGCAGCGAUGGCGCUCAGCCUCAUCACCUUCAUCUGGGAGCACCUCUUCUACUGGAAGCUGCGCUUCUGCUUCACGGGCGUGUGUUCCGAUCGGCCAGGGCUGCUCUUCUCCAUUAGCAGGGGCAUCUACAGUUGCAUCCAUGGGGUGCACAUUGAAGAAAAGAAGAAGUCUCCAGACUUCAAUCUGACUGGGUCACAGAGCAACAUGCUAAAGCUUCUUCGGUCAGCUAAAAACAUCUCCAACAUGUCCAACAUGAACUCCUCAAGAAUGGACUCGCCAAAAAGAGCUACUGACUUCAUCCAAAGAGGAUCUCUUAUUGUGGACAUGGUUUCAGACAAGGGAAAUUUGAUAUACUCAGACAACAGGUCCUUUCAAGGGAAGGACAGUAUAUUUGGAGAUAACAUGAAUGAACUCCAAACAUUUGUGGCCAACAGGCACAAGGAUAAUCUCAGUAACUAUGUGUUUCAAGGACAGCAUCCUCUCACUCUCAAUGAGUCCAACCCUAACACGGUGGAGGUAGCUGUCAGCACUGAAUCCAAAGGGAACUCCCGACCCCGGCAGCUUUGGAAGAAAUCCAUGGAGUCUCUACGCCAGGAUUCUCUAAACCAGAACCCAGUCUCCCAGAGGGAUGAGAAGACUGCAGAGAAUAGAACCCACUCCCUAAAGAGUCCUAGGUAUCUUCCAGAAGAAGUAGCCCACUCUGACAUUUCUGAAACCUCAAGCCGGGCCGCAUGCCACAGGGAGCCAGAUAACAAUAAGAACCACAAGACCAAGGAUAACUUCAAAAGGUCAAUGGCCUCUAAGUACCCCAAGGACUGUAGUGAGGUUGAACGUACCUACAUGAAAACCAAAGCAAGCUCUCCCAGGGAUAAGAUCUACACCAUUGAUGGUGAGAAGGAGCCUAGCUUCCACUUAGAUCCUCCACAGUUCGUUGAAAACAUAGCCCUGCCUGAGAAUGUGGGCUUCCCAGAUACCUACCAAGAUCACAAUGAGAACUUCCGAAAGGGAGACUCCACACUGCCCAUGAACAGGAACCCAAUACACAAUGAAGAUUGGCUUCCCAACAAUGACCAGUAUAAACUCUACGCCAAGCACUUUACCUUGAAAGACAAGGGUUCCCCACACAGUGAGGGCAGUGAUCGAUACCGGCUGAACUCCACGCAUUGCAGAAGCUGCCUUUCAAACCUGCCUACCUACUCAGGCCAUUUCACCAUGAGGUCUCCUUUCAAGUGUGAUGCCUGUCUGCGGAUGGGGAACCUCUAUGACAUUGAUGAAGACCAAAUGCUUCAGGAGACAGGUAACCCAGCUACUCGGGAGGAGGUCUACCAGCAGGACUGGUCACAGAACAACGCCCUCCAGUUCCAGAAGAACAAGCUAAGGAUUAACCGACAGCACUCCUAUGAUAACAUUCUCGACAAACCCAGGGAGAUAGACCUUAGCAGGCCCUCCCGGAGCAUAAGCCUCAAGGACAGGGAGAGGCUAUUGGAGGGCAACUUAUAUGGGAGCCUGUUCAGUGUCCCCUCAAGCAAACUCUUGGGGAACAAAAGCUCCCUUUUCCCCCAAGGUCUGGAGGACAGCAAGAGGAGCAAGUCUCUCUUGCCAGACCACACCUCUGAUAAUCCUUUCCUCCACACAUAUGGGGAUGACCAACGCUUAGUUAUUGGGAGAUGUCCCUCGGACCCUUACAAACACUCAUUGCCAUCACAGGCAGUAAAUGACAGCUAUCUUCGGUCAUCCUUGAGGUCAACAGCAUCAUAUUGCUCCAGGGACAGUCGGGGCCACAGUGAUGUGUAUAUUUCAGAGCAUGUUAUGCCUUAUGCUGCAAAUAAGAAUAACAUGUACUCUACCCCCAGGGUUUUAAAUUCCUGCAGCAAUAGACGUGUGUACAAGAAAAUGCCUAGUAUCGAAUCUGAUGUCUAAGAUCUUCCAUCAAUGUUUAUCUAUAAGGAAACAUAGAAUGGCCAACAUUAUAGAGGGUAAAUGUUGGGUGUCUGAUAGCACCCUACUAGAAGAAAGAGGAUAUAGGGAGGUACUUUUUUGUUGGCUCUUUUGCACAUGGCUCCAUCCCAUAAUCUUCCACUCAAGGAAUCUUAUGAGGAAUGUGCUGAGUACAGCACAUACCAGAUAGGUGAAUCCUUAACCAAAAACAAAUGAAUACAUGUAGGCAAGUCUCCCAGACAUGGCGACUGGGUAUGGCGGCAAUAAUGGUGCAUC